CAGCCGUUACUUUUCGUUUAACGUUUGUGCCUCUGCUAGCGUCGUGGAGGCUGCAGGAUUUGAAGGGUGAUCACUGCAGAGAGCGGGAGAGGGAGAGAGACAGAAGCCAGCCCUUGUUUUAACACCUUCUGCAAUAGCUCAAGUUGUCAGACAGCCGAUCACGUGGACAGUCAGAGCCUUUUUCUCUGGGCGAAGAAGGCUAAUAUAGCCGGAAUUAAAGUGAUUUGAGGAAAUAAUAGGGAGAAUGUCAGAGAUGCUGCCUGGCCUACCAACUGUUUCCAGCGUUUUCUGCUUCUACUUUGAACUAAUCGUUGCAAUGACAGUUAGUGUGAAGAGUGUCAAACAGAUGAAAGCAGCUUAAGCAACAGCGUUGCUUGUCCUCUGGAAAUUGCAGGGGGUUUGAAUUACCGCGGACCUUUCUGAAAGAAAAUCACAAGUCGGAAGAUAAACCAUCGUAUUGCCGCUGCUGAGGGACUCCUGAGGCUGUUUGGUUCAUUUCAGCAUGACGGCAAAUGGAAACAAACUGGACAAUGAAACUCUGGAAAUGCUCUCAAACCCGGCAAUUAAGAACACCCUUCCUAUCUUUUACCUUAUUGUCGCUGCAAUCAGUUUGCCAGGGAAUGGGUUUUCUUUAUUUCUGCUUUGUCGAACUCAACCAAAGACAUCGUCCAUCAUAUUCAUGAUCAACCUCACCAUCACCGAUCUGAUACUUGGUGCCUUUUUGCCCUUCCAGAGCAUGUACCAUUGGAAAGGGAACAACUGGACCUUUGGAUCGAGCCUGUGUAGUAUGGUCACUGUGUUAUUCUAUGCCAACAUGUACUGCUCCAUCUUAACCAUGACUUGCAUUAGUUUGGAGCGUUAUUCGGGCGUGGUGCUACCAAUGCAAUGUAAGAGAUGGCGGAUAACAAAGCACGCCAUUCUGAUUUGCUUAGCGAUGUGGGCACUUGUUCUUAUCACCUUGCUGCCGCUGGAGAUGAAUGAUUUGACUUAUAAGGUUCAUGAGCUGAAUAUUACCACAUGUUUUGACGUUCUGAAGAGAGACAUGCUUCCUUCCAAAGCAGCCUGGGCUGCUUUCCUUUUCACCCUAUUUGGAAUUUUGUUCCUGAUUCCAUUUUGCGUCACCGUGUACUGCUACAUCCGAAUCAUUGCCAAGUUGAUCAAAACCUCUACGUCUUAUGGUCACAUACAAAAGCGGAGAGCAGUUUGUUUGGCAUUAAUUGUGCUCUUAGUGUUCAUAACGUGUUUCACCCCCAACAACUUCAUCCUUCUGGCCCACAUAAUCGAACGCAUCUUUUAUGAGAAAGGCAUUUAUAGUGCCUACAAAAUCACUCUCACCCUGAGCUGCCUUAAUAGCUGCCUGGACCCCUUUAUCUACUACUUUGCAUCCAUGGAGUUUCGCAAGAAGCUCAGAGCAUUUUUGCAUUUAAGAGUCACUUCAAGUCAAGGAAGUUUCACUGAAUACAGAAGGGAGAGCAUUCUCUCAAUGAGAUCAGGGCAAAACCACACCGCUUUAGAGUUGCAGGCUUCUCUGACUACAACAAAUGGAUCAGUGUAGGCCAGAGGUGGCAGAAGGAAGGUUGAUACUGUGCCAACUCCAAAUAAAAUUAAUCUGAGGGCAAUAUCAUUUACCCAGAUUAACAACUUUAAUUAUCGGCAACAAAACCAAUGAUGCCAAUGAGGAUUUGUCCAACUGUUCUGGUAGUAAGUAGAUAAAUGCCAAAAAUAUGUGCCUGAGGUUAAUUCCAAGAUUUAGCAUAAUUUGAGCAAGAUCAGAGGGCUGGUUUCAUCAGUUUACAGCCAAGGGUCCCACUCAGUGGCCGCUGUGACAAGAAAGAGGCUCAUCCUCUACAGGGAAAGAAGAAAGGAGGUUUGGGGGAAAAAUAUGUAGUGAUUCCAGUGAGAACCUGGCCAGUGAUUGAAGGCCAUUGUUAAUGGAAUCUGAGAAAGUACAUCACGAUGAAUGUAACUGUGGGACCAUGGACUUAAGGCACUUGCCUAAGAGAAUGGGAGAGAAGACGCUGGGAACACUCUAUUCUUAAAUAAGCAUCAAGGAUUUUGGAAAAGGCUCAUUGUCAAAAUAAAUUUAUUAUCAAAAUGCAUCAUGUACUACCUUAAGAUUCAUUUUCUUGCAGGCAUUUAUAGAAAAUAAAGAAAUACAAUAGAAUUUAUGAAAAGCUAUACACAAAUGAAGACUGAUAUGUAAAGUUAACUUCACCUUCUGAUGUUAGCCUUACCUGCUGUGCAGUUUAGUUCUGUCAGUUUUUAAAAAUCAGGUUUCAGACUUUUAUGGUAUUUUACUAUUUGGCAUGUUAAUGUCGUUCUCAGGAUUUCUCAGAUACAAGCCUUCAGAAGCAGUGUGAGCAUGUUAAUAGAAUUACUUUGCAUCACAGCAAAGUCCAGCUAGUUGAAAUAUCUUUCCCUGUUACUUAAGCACAAAUUGCAGAAGACAUGCAUUCUGAACAAUCGAACAAAAGUAAAGUAAGUUACUGCAAAUUAAACUAAUGCUUCAGCACAUAGGUUAGGCAAGUAUGGUCGUGCAUUUCAUCUGCUGCUUUAUAAAUGUGAAUGUUUGCUAUUCACAAUGCGCCCUGAUGUGAAAAUUGCAUCAAGUAAAAUAUAACGACGUGAGAAGAUCCAGUUGUGAAGUUGGGCAUCUUCCUAGUGAAAUGCUAGUCAAAAGGGUGUUCAAAGUCAUGAAGCGUCAGUAGAAAUCAUGGGGAUUUGCUCCCAUUGACACAAAAGUUAAGAAGCAGCUGUGUAGAUUUAAAUACAUUGGCAGGAGAUCUGGGGAGACGAAAGGUAAAACCUAUGAACAGUAUGAGUGGUAAUGAUGUGGUAUACAUUCCUCGAAAGGAUGGUAAAAUACAGAAUCAGUUUUAUUAUCACUGACAUAUGUCGUGAAACAAGUUUUGUAGCAGCAGCAUAGUGCAAUACAAAAAAUAUCUCAAGUUACAAUAGAAAUAUAAAAAAUAUUGUUAUCCAAUGUAUAACAAAGUAAAUUUUAUUGUCAAGGUACCUGUGUAUCACCAUCUGCAACCCUAAGAUUCAUUUCAAGUUUGACACUGGAGAUUGUCGGCAAAGUUAUGUGAACUACGGGCAAUAGUUUUAAAUAUGCUUUUAAUAUUAAAAAAAUAACGACUUACAACCCAUAUUUGUUUUAUGCAUUACUACCACACACAUUAUCUGCUUUAUGAUGCUCUCUUACUCCCAUAGAUACUGAAGAAAAGAAAUAAAAAGCGAGAGACUUUCUCAUUGAAAACAACAGAAAAAAGAAUAGCUAUAACACUAGAAAGAUCAGAUUAUUGUCAAAUUCCUGACUCCAAGAAUAAACUUUAAUCUUUGUUUGAUGUUCUUUUUCCUCUGCAUUCCUUGGUACAAACUCCUGUAUUUUCCAAUGGAUAGCAUCGGAGUGGCUCCAUUUUUCAUUUGGGGCCACUAUUCCUGUGCCACUCAUUCAAUUUGGCUUUUGGAAUGGGGCAGAAUGUUGAACUGGAAUUAAAACAAGCCAAUGAGUAAAAUAAUUAUUUAAGGGGACAGGGAAGCAAAAUUUCACCUGAUUUACAAGGUCAGGAUGAACCUUUACCAUUCACUUCACCACCCUCUCUUCUGAUUGUCAUGAUGGUUUUAUCUCCCUUAAUCUACCUCUCUACAGAACCCAAAAUUUAAUUUCCUCUGAAUCUGAUGUGUUAGCUGGCUCCUUCUAUUUUGCUUCCCCAAGUCAAUUAGCGCAUUUCUCACUGGCUCCUUUUGACUGACUCAGCUUCCAGAAAGAAAGGUAUCAAUUCUGAAGGAGCAAUUCAGAUACAGUAUUAAUAUUAAUGAAUGUAUAUUGUUUGGAAUGCAGACCAAUGAUUGGAUGUACAGGGAGGGCUGAAUAGAUAACUUGGUUCCUCCUGUGGUCGUAGAUUAUCUUGCACUUGUUAAUAGUUUGCUUAUUUGUCUUCACCUACACAUUAGAUCUUGUCAA